CACUGCCAGUGUUAAGGCAGAGGCCGCGUUAGAUCGUAACGGCACAGCUGGCAGGACAUUGAAGGCAACACACCGCACUGCGGGCCUGCGCCGCAAUAAAACACGAGGCACCGUUAACCUCAAGCCGGAGCUGAGCCAAAUGAAACAAGCAACGCGAACUACACUCACCGCCGCUUCAACUGUCAGCUCCUCCGCACUGGGUCGGAUAUUGAUAAUGGUGGAAAUGUUGGGAGAGGGGACAGCGGCGCUGGUAGCCGGGAGGAGUACGCGUCCAGCCCUCUCCACUGCGCGCGCGCGCAGACGUACACGCGCGCAUACAGUCCAGAAGCCCCUAAAGGAGGAGAAGCUCUCGACGGACCGCUACCACGUGCGCGGAGGCGGGUCACGUGAUGCGGCGAAGCCAGCCGGGAUGACAUCCAGGGCAGACAGAGUAGCUCGUCAGCAGGACCUGGACCAAGGCAUCGGUACCAACCAGAACGCAACCAAGUUCGCUCAGCAGGACUUUGACGCUCUGCAACAGCAGUGUGUGAAGAGCAAACGGCUGUUUGAGGACGACUGCUUUCCGGCAGAAGCCAAGUCACUGGGCUACAAUGAGCUGGGUCCGUACUCAUCCAAGACCAGGGGAGUAGUUUGGAAAAGGCCAACGGAGCUGUGUUCCAAACCAGAGUUCAUUUCUGAUGGAGCCACGAGGACCGAUAUUCGCCAAGGAGCCCUGGGUGACUGCUGGCUCCUGGCUGCCAUAGCUUCCCUGACUCUAGACCAGCAGUUCCUGGAUCGUGUGGUUCCACCUGGACAGAGUUUCUCUGAAAACUAUGCUGGAAUAUUUCACUUCCAGCUAUGGCAGUACGGUGAGUGGGUGGACGUCGUGGUUGAUGACCGUUUACCCACCAAGGAUGGGAAGCUGCUGUUUGUCCACUCAGCCGAGGGCUCAGAGUUUUGGAGCGCACUGCUGGAGAAGGCCUACGCUAAGGUGAAUGGCUCCUAUGAAGCCCUUGCAGGUGGAAGCACUAUUGAGGGUUUUGAAGAUUUCACAGGAGGAAUUGCAGAAACAUAUACCUUAAGCAAGGCACCACCAAACCUCUUCCAGCUCAUGCAGAGGGCCCUGAAACUGGGCUCGCUGAUGGGCUGCUCUAUUGAUAUCACUAGUGCUUAUGACACGGAGGCAGUUACAGCUCUCAAACUUGUAAAAGGACACGCAUAUUCAGUCACCGGAGCCGAAGAGGUGCAUUGCCAAGGCAAGGGGGUUCAGCUAGUCCGCAUCAGAAACCCGUGGGGUCAGGUAGAGUGGACGGGUGCCUGGAGCGAUGGAUCCAUUGAAUGGAAGACCAUCAGCAAAGAUGAGAAGGAAAGGUUGAACAAUGUGUCUGAAGAUGGAGAAUUUUGGAUGUCCUACUCAGACUUCAUCAAGAACUUCUCCAGGGUGGAGAUCUGUAACCUGACGCCAGACACUCUGACCAGUGAGGAUGUUCACCGCUGGAACCACUACCAGUUUGAAGGCAUGUGGAGGACCGGCUCCACUGCCGGGGGCUGCCGCAAUAACGCAGCCACAUUCCCAUCCAACCCCCAGUUUGUGCUGCGCCUGGAGGAUUUAGAUGAUCAUCCGCUGGAUGGGAAACCAGGAUGCACCUUUUUGGUGGGGCUAAUGCAAAAGAAUUCUCGUCAGCAGAAGAUGCUGAACCGUGAUCUUGAAGCCAUUGGCUUCGCCAUCUAUCAGGUCCCAGAUGGGUACAAAGGCAGCAGCAGUGUGCGUCUAGGUCCAGACAUCCUGCUGCGGCAGAAGCCUGUGGCCAUGUGUAGCACCUUCAUCAACACACGUGAAGUGUGCGACCGCUUCAAACUCCCUCCAGGAGAAUACGUUAUUGUCCCCUCCACCUUCCUCCCCCACAAAAAUGGCUCCUUUGUUCUCAGGGUGUUUUCUGAAAAGCAUGCUCCAGCCAGCCCCCUGGAGGCGAAGAUCACUGCUAAAAUAGUGGAGGAGGAGAUCUCAGAGAAGAAUGUGGAUCCUCAUUUCAAGCAGCUCUUCAAGCAGAUUGCUGGUUCUGACAAUGAGGUCUCUGUUCACGAAUUGCUUGAGAUUUUGAACAAGGUCGUCGCAAAACGGACUGAUGUCAAGACACAUGGCUUCAGCCUGGAGACAUGUCGCCUCAUUGUCAGUCUGCUGGAUAAAGAUGACAAUAACACACUGGGACUACUGGAGUUCCAUGCAUUUUGGACAAAACUGCAGAAAUACCUGGAGAUCUUCAAGAACCGUGACACAGACCACUCUGGCACCAUGAGCUCACACGAGAUGAGAGACGCUGUCACUGAAGCAGGUUUCCAGAUCAACAGUGCCGUGGUGGAGGCGAUCGUCAGUCGUUACGCUGACGCUCAGUACGCCAUAGACUUUGACAGCUUUGUGGGUUGCCUCAUCAAACUGGAGAUGCUCUUCAAAAUGUUCAAGUCUCUGGAGAAAGACAACUCAGGCAAGAUUGAGCUGGACUUACAGCAGUGGUUGUGUCUGGCCAUCUACUAAUUCUGGAGCGAAUCAGAGCCGUCAUCGACACUACUACAGCAGUGAUGUCACUCAUUUUCAAAUGUUUAAUUUUAAUCUAGAUGUCAAUUUUAUUCUUCUUACUUACAUUUUAUUUUUUAACAUUCUUCCUAUUGACUCGAAUGCACGCUCAUAUUGUUAACAGCAACUAGGUGUGGCCCAUAAAGAGCAGCUUAUAAUGGUGGUGGAAGAAAUUUAAAGUUAAUUCAUCAUAUCUGUGUGGAAUUUAUAUGCAGGAUUCAGGUGGUGACUAAAUGUUUUAAAUGAAAAAUAAAGUAAAAAGUAAAAUAUUUUCUUCUAAACUUUAUUUUGAAAUCAAAAUUAAAUCCAUGCUACAGUAGGAUGUUGUUUGGCACUACUGACAUCUGCUGAUAGUACUACUAGGUACAAGACACAUAAACAUUUGUCUAAACAGAGUGAGUUUGAACAAUCUAAAGUACAUAUUGUGACAACCUCAGCCUGUAUAUUGGUUUGUGGUGGGUUUGGGUGUGUUUUGUUUUACAGGAACAGGGUUGUAGCUGUUUUGGCAUCAAUGCAGCACACCUGUGCCGGAGGGUGGAGCUGUAUUAAAGGCCCUGCAGUCCACUCCUCGCUCUCUCUCUCUUUUCUUGGCUAUCCUGCUGCGCUCACCAUUUGCCUGUUUAUACUAGAGAUGGCGAAAUCGAAGACUCAUAAAUCACUGAGCAACUAUGACACAGUUGGGCUGAAAUCGACACAUUGCUCCACAUCAUAUGACACAGUCAGAACAACGACAUCUCCUGGUUGUGUGUGAGAACUGCAGAGCAGACUGACUGAAAAUCAAAUUCGUGGUUGUUCAGGAUCACAGUCCAUGUUUUAUUGUAAAUAAAAGUUAUUUAAUCUAA